CCAUCAGUGCCUGCCACAAAACUGCUUGGGCUCGCCGUGUUCAUGACACUAGCUCACAUAUAUAAAGCGCGCACAGAAGCGGUCUGAGUCGCUGUGGAAGCCAGACACCCCUCUCCUGCGCGCACACGCCCACUUACACACACGCUUCCCCCCUUUUUUCCAUCACUGCGCACGUCCUCCACAGUGAUCUGGCUGGAUGAGUUACCCGGUGGAGACGAUAGGAAGCCCCUUCAGGAGAGUUAUGGAAACGAGAACUUCCAGCUACGGUUACGGCCGCCCCAGCGGAACCCCGUCCAGCGGCUUCCGCUCCCAGUCCUGGUCCCGGGGAAGCCCUGGCUCCACUCUGACCGCGUCCUACAAACGGAGCCUGAACGCGCCAGUGUCCCGGGCGUACGGCUCCACGGUGCUUAGUUCCACCGACAGCGUCGACUAUGGUCAGAACUCGCUCUCAGGCGACUACAAGAGAUCCAACGAGAAAGAACAGCUCCAGGGACUGAAUGACCGCUUCGUCGUUUACAUCGAUAAGGUGCACUACCUGGAGCAGCAGAACAAGCAGAUCGAAGAUGAGAUCCAGGCUCUGCGGGAGCGGCAGGUGUCGCGCUCCAACUUGGAUGACCUGUACGGCCAGGAGCUGCAGGAGCUGCGCUCCAUGCUGGAGCAGAUCCACCACGACAAGGCGCAGAUUCAGCUGGACACCGACCACAUCGAGGAGGACAUCCAGCGGCUCAGGGACCGCUUCGAGGAAGAAGCCCGAAUCCGCGAGGAGACCGAGGCCAUCAUCCGCGUCCUGAAGAAGGACACCACCGACUCGGAGUUGGUCAAGUCCGAGUUAGAGAAGAAAGUUCAGUCGCUGCAGGACGAGAUUGCCUUCAUCCGCAACAACCACGAGGAGGAGGUGAGCGACCUGAUUGCGCAGAUUCAGGCGUCUCAGGUGAGCGUGGAGAGGAAAGACCUCCAGAGGGCUGAUAUCACCGAGGCUCUGCGGGAGAUCCGCUGCGAGCUGGAGGGUCACUCCAACCAGAACCUGCAGCAGGUGGAGAACUGGUUCAUGUGCCGCUACGCCAAGCUGACUGAGGCUGCGGAGCAGAACAAGGACGCCAUCAAGUCCGCCCGGGAUGAGAUAGCAGACUACCGCCGCCAGCUGCAGUCCAAGACGGUGGAGCUGGAGUCUGUGCGCGGGACCAGAGACUCGCUGGAGAGGCAGCUGAGUGACAUCGAGGACCGCCACAAUAGCGACCUGGCCAGCCUCCAGGAAACAAUUCACCAACUCGACAAUGAGCUCAAGAGUACCAAGUGGGAGAUGGCUCGUCAUCUUCGGGAGUACCAGGACCUGCUCAAUGUCAAGAUGGCCUUGGAUAUUGAGAUUGCUGCAUACAGGAAACUCCUCGAAGGUGAGGAGACCCACUUUAGCACUUUCCCUUACCGCCAGGCGGUCUCCUCCACGAAAACCGCUAAGGCAAAGUCUGAGGUCUCCAAGCUGAAAGUGCAGCACAAGUUUGUGGAAGAGAUCAUCGAGGAAACAAGGGUGGAGGACGAUAAGGCCGAGUUGGAUGAGUCGCUGGCGGAGAUCGCACAGGAGAUCUCAGCAGAAGACGGAGGAGGGGAGGGGGAGGAGGAAGGAGAGGAGGAAGACAGAAAAGAGGGAGGGGAGGAAGAGGAAGUUGUAGCCAGUAAAGCUGAAGUCAGCGCGAGUGAACCUGCCAUGGAAGAGGAUGGAGAAGAUGAAGGGGAUGCAGGUGAGGAGGGGGACAAGGGAGAGGAAGAGAAAGGGGAAGAAGAAGAUGAGGAAGACAAGGGAGAUGAUGCAGAAGGAGGUGAUGACGAUGGAGAACAGGGAGAAGAAGGGGAGGAGGAAGUUGAGGAGACAGUCCUUUCCUCCAAAGCACCAGAGUCUAAAGCUUCUCCUGGGGAAAAGGAGGGAAGUGGAGGAGAGGAGGAGGAGGAGGCUGGAGUGGAUGAGGCAGGAGGUGAUAAGGAUGAAGAUGCAGGCAGUGACAAAGCAUCUAAAAGUGAAGAUGAGAAAGAGGACAAAGAUGAUGCAGACAAGGACAAAAAAGAAGAUGAGCAGAAAGAAAAAAGUGAAAAAGCAGAAGAUAAAGUGGAAAACACUGCAGCAAAGUCAGAAGCUGCAAAGCCUGAGGAGAAAAAGGAAGGAUCAAAGCCUGGAUCACCUAAAUCUGAAUCCCCAAAGCCUGGAUCACCCAAAUCUGACUCCCCAAAGCCAAGUUCCCUUAAAGCUGAAUCUCCAAAACCUGGAUCUCCCAAAUCUGAAUCCCCAAAGCCAAGUUCCCCUAAAGCUGAAUCUCCAAAACCUACUUCUCCAAAGGCAGAGUCUCCUAAAGAAGGCUCACCCAAGACUGCGUCCCCAAAAGCCGAAUCUCCUAUAACAGAGACCAGCAAGCCAGAGGCUUCUAAGGAAGAAAAGUCAGAGACCAAGAGUGACUCCAAAGAAGAAAAACCAGUAGAAAAGAAAGAUGCUGCCAUGAACGGCGACCUUGACAAGAGCAGCCCAGAAGAAAAAGAGAAGAAAGACGAGGAAAAAGACACCGGCGUGAUCGCCAACGGCGUGGACGAGAGUCCCGUCAAGGAGGACGGCAGCCAGAAAGUGGUGAUCACCAAAACUGUGGAGACAAUCACCACCGGGGAGGACGGCUCCAAGCACGUCACCAAGUCGGUCACGGUGACAGAAAGUGUCAAGGAGGUGGAGGAAGAGCUGCAGGAGAAGCUGGUCUCCACCAAGAAGACGGAGAAGCACUCCACCCAGUCCGUCAAGCAGGUGACAGAGGGAGACUGAGAGGCCUCGGGGAAGGAGGGAUGGGGGAGGGGGCCCGCAAGAGGAGAGCACAUGACAAGCAAUCAACCCAGAAAUCAAAGAAAAUCAUACAGCUAGAGCGACUUAAUAAAGACGAGCAUUCUCGAAAACAAACCUAAAUGCUUCAAACAUGCAUGAGUGAAAGCUUCGCUGCAGACGGAGCAAGUGACUGAGGCAUUUUACCCUCCUUUACUUACUUUCUGCUCUUCAUGGGGGGAGCUCCAUGGUGGGAGGGAGGGAGUCUGCAUGCUAGCUCAGAGAAGGGGGGAGUCAUUUUCCCUUCCUAUCUGUAAAAAGAGGACUUAUGUAAACAAAUGCACUGUGGUUGGAAUGGAAAUGAGGGGGUUUUGAGACAAUGCCAAAGGGGGGCCGACAUGCAUUCUACUGAAAAGCCUUACUUGACGAUUGAAAAUAUAAUCUGAGCCAAAAUAAAUCAACGCGAACUAUGAAUACAUAUGAUAAAGACAGAAACACGGAACACGCAACCUGAAGCAGCCUGAACCUGAAGGCAUCAAAGCUUAUCAAAGCUCACAGUACUCCACCUCGCCUUAAACACGCUUUUUCCCCUUCUGUUUACCUGAGUGAAACAAACCAACAACAACGAAAAUCUCUUACUGUAAACGCAUAGAAACAUGCAUUCUUGCAUAGGAUUGACAUCAGUUUAAUGAUUAAUACACAAGGUGCUACUGUUUGCAGUCCCAUGACUUUUCCCAUUGUGAAGAAUUUCCCAGCAGCAUUUGCUCAAUAAAGAAAGCUAUGAAAUGAU